CAGCGACAUCUUACGCGCAUUGAUUACCACGUCAUUUUGGCCUGAAACAGUAUAGCCAACAUCUACAUACACAUAAAACAAAGUAUACAUUUCAUUUCCAAGUGAGAUACAAUAUCGUCUGGAAUAUAGUCAUGCUAUCAUAAAGAAGUGCCACCUUCCAAGUGGACGCUGUGGCUCCAACAGAUAUGUAGCUGAUUGUUAUUUAUUUUUUUUCUUCAUCAUCUCAACACCAUCUUUGAACUGAGAAACAUCUUUACGAAAGUAAUCAAAGAUGGCUCUCACAAAUGGGAUUUAUAUUGUGCAAGGCGAGAUCGCUUUGCUUAUCACGGCUAUGAGAAGAACUUCUCGAUAUGGUGCACAUGGAAGACAUGUCAGACAGCUGGAAGAUGAGGGAGAUAUACUUCAAAGUUCGUUCUUUCAACUGAAAGACGCCCUGAAUAAUAUCACUGAUCUUAGUGAUAUAGAACCUAAUGCAUUCCUGAGCCCAUUCCUGGAGGUGAUUCGCUCUGAGGAUACCACAGGUCCUAUAACUGGACUGGCCUUGACGUCGGUCAACAAGUUUUUGUCUUACGGACUUGUGGAUCCUGCUGCGGAGACUUCUGCAGCUGCCAUAGAAAACAUCGCUGAUGCUGUGACCCAUGCCCGCUUUGUGGGCACAGACCCUUCCUCUGACGAAGUGAUCCUCAUGAAAAUUCUUUAUGUUUUGCGCACAUUGCUUCUAUGCAGAGCUGGAGUGCUCCUUACAAAUGAGUCAGUGUGUGAGAUAAUGCAGUCUUGCUUCAGGAUCUGUUUUGAAAUGAAGCUCAGUGAAUUGCUUCGCAAGUCUGCCGAAAAUACUCUCAGGGACAUGGUUCAGUUGUUGUUUACCAGACUGCCCUAUUUUAAAGAGGACCCAAAAUGGAUUACAAACAUCAACAAAAAGCUAAAAAUGCGAACUGGAAGUGUGGAUCCAGCGCGCAUGGGGAAAAGGAAGAAAUCUCCCAAGCCAAAGUCAAAAAGAGCCCACGGCCCCAGCCAGCCGUCGUCAGACAUGGCCCAGUCCCAGCCGACAAUAGCAGAAGCAGCAGAGAACCUGCCAGCAGAUGCCGACACAGCCACCGCAGAGGUCAGCGCUGAAGGUCAGUCGCAGAUGGAGAACUCCGUGUUUGAGCACAUCAUGGCGGAACGGCUCGCCACCACGCCCGGCUACGCCUUGGAAGAGGAGCCGUAUGAUGUGGAAAAGGUUUUCAAGUCUGCGGCAUCGUCGGAGGAAGCAAAAAGUGACAUGCUUAAUGAGAAUGCGGUUGCUAAAGCUGUGAGAGAGAAUGAUCAAAAAGAGGACGCCAGCGAGCCAUCCAGUCUGCCCGAGGACCCGCCCUCUGAUCCACACCACGUGGGAGUCGGGGCCGAUCUGCCCAUGAGGAAAGCGAUGAGUGACACGGACUUGUACGCCAGCGAGCAGAACGGGGAGGGAGACAACUGUGAUGACAACGAGUCUGUGCACUCGACAGACACGACGUCCACCCAGGACAGCGAGUUCAUCAACCCUAAGGGCGUGCGCUUCACCCAGCAGCAAGCCACUAUGGAAUCGGGUGGCCCCGUGCCGCUGAUCCCCUACGGCCUCCCGUGCGUGCGGGAGCUGUUCCGCUUCCUGGUGUCGCUGACCAACCCGCUGGACCGGCACAACACGGACGUGAUGAUUCACAUGGGCCUGAGCCUGCUGGUGGUUGCCCUGGAGACGGCCGCCGACCACAUCAGCUCCUACAACUCUCUCCUCUACCUGGUCAAGGACGAGCUCAGCAGAAAUCUCUCCAUGUUGCUGCAGUCAGAAAGGAUCUCCUUGUUUGCUGCUUCCUUGAGGCUCAGCUUUCUGCUGUAUGAGUCCAUGAGGUCUCACCUCAAGUUUCAACUGGAGAAUUACCUGCUCCGGAUCAGCGACAUAAUCGUGUCGGACAACCCCAAAAUCACGUACGACCACCGGGAGAUCGCCCUAGACCUGAUUGUCCAGCUGUGGCGUAUCCCGGGCCUGGUCACCGAGCUGUACCUCAACUACGACUGUGACCUGUACUGCUCCAACCUGUUUGACGACAUGACCAAACUGCUCUCCAAGAAUGCGUUCCCGGUGUCGGGCCUGUUCACCAUACACCUGCUGUCGCUGGACGCCCUGCUGACUGUGGUGGACAGUAUAGAGCAGCACUGCCACAGCCGCACGCUCGCCACCACAGGCGCCAAGGUGCUCGCUGACUCCAACGCCUCCCACCGACCCGCGGACACUUUGUCUGAUUCCAAAGGAGGUGUGAAGGGAAGAGAUAUACGAAAGGGACCCAUCAUCAAACCAAAUCGGAUGGUGAAAAUGACCAGCAAAAUUCCAACAAGAGAAGAGCUGGCAGAGCUGAAGCAAAAGAAAAAGAUUUACCAGAUCGGCACUGAGCAGUUCAAUAUAAAACCCUCCAAAGGCCUGCAGUACCUCCAGGAGCAAGGGCUGCUGUCCAAGCCUCUGAGCCCGACGGAGGUCGUGACCUUCCUCAAGGAGAACAACCGGCUGGACAAGAAGAUGAUCGGAGAGUACAUCAGCGACAAGCGCAACAAGGAGGUUCUCGAGGCCUUCGUCAGGUCUUUCAACUUCGAAGACACCCGGGUGGACGAAGCUCUCCGCAUGUACCUCGAGUCAUACAGGAUGCCAGGGGAGGCCCCGGUCAUCUCGUGGCUUAUGGAGCAUUUUGCCGAACACUGGCAUAAAAGUAACGGAGAUCCAUUCCACAACGUUGACGCGGCCUUCACCCUGACGUAUGCCGUGAUCAUGUUGAACGUCGACCAGCAUAACCACAAUGCCAAGAAACAAAAUAUUCCAAUGAACCCAGAGGAUUUCAAGAGAAACGUCAAAGGGGUGAACGGAGGUCAAGAUUUUGAUCAGGACAUGCUGCAAGAAAUUUUCCAAGCUAUAAGGAAUGAAGAAAUUGUGAUGCCAGCGGAACACACAGGGCUUGUGAAAGAAAAUUAUUUGUGGAAGGUGCUGUUACAUCGGGGCUCGUCCAAAGAAGGCGUUUUCCUCCACUCCCCGACCGGUGCUUUCGACCACGAACUGUUCACCCUGAUCUGGGGCCAGACCGUGGCGGCGUUGUCCUUCGUCUUUGACAAAAGUGCCGAAGAGACCAUUGUCCAGAAGGCGGUCUCAGGCUUCAGGAAAUGUGCAAUGAUCUCAGCUCACUAUGGCAUGAGCGAUGUUUUUGAUAAUCUGGUCAUCUCUCUGUGCAAGUUCACAACUUUGCUGAGUGCUGUGGAGAGUCCAGAGUCUAUACCCGCCUCCUUUGGGAUCAACCUGAAGGCCCAGCUGGCGGCUAGGACGGUGUUUGGGCUGGCUCAUCGGCACGGAGACAUCCUGAGGGAGGGCUGGAAGAACAUCCUGGACUGUAUGCUGCAGCUGUACAGAGCCAAGCUUCUGCCCAAGUCCAUGGUGGAGGUGGAAGAUUUUGUGGAUGUUUACGGGAAGAUUUCCAUUUUGAGGGAAGAGUCCACCACCACAAGGUCGGAGAGUGGUGUGCUGAGCAGCUUUGUGUCGUACUUCUCGCUGUCGGAGUCGUCGAGCGCCAAAGGCCCCACGGUGGAGGAGCUAGAGGCGGGCAAGGUCGCGGCGUCGUGCGUCAAGGACUGCCAGCUGGACCAGCUCAUCAUCGACAGCAAGUUCCUGCGGGAGGACUCACUUCAAGAGCUCAUCAAGGCGCUGGUGUCGAUACGUCAAGGCACGGAGGACCAGAGCUGUCUCAACGGCCAUUACGACGAGGACGCUUGUAUCUUCUUCCUCGAGUUGUUAGUGAGGGUCGUUCUACAGAACAGAGAUCGCGUGUCCCCCGUGUGGCAAAGCGUGCGUGACCACCUGUACAACGUGAUCGUGAACAGCACCAGCCACUCCUUCCUGGUGGAGCGGGCCGUGGUCGGGCUGCUCCGCAUCUCCAUCCGUCUGCUGCGCCGGGAGGACAUCGCCGGCCAGGUGCUCACCUCGCUGCGCAUUCUGCUCAUGAUGAAGCCCAACGUGGUGCACAGCAUCAGCAGACAGGUGUCGUACGGCCUCCAUGACCUGCUGCGCACCAACGCGGCCAACAUCCACACCAGCCAGGACUGGUACACGCUGUUCACGCUGCUGGAGGUGGCCGGGGCCGGGGCUAACCUGCCGCCCUUCAUGCAGGUGUGCACCGACGUGGACGUGUCUGAGGUCAUCAGCGACGCAGGAGCCCAGAGUGACAGCGAGGUGGCCAGCGCCAGCGGCAUGUCAGACGUCAGCGACCGGGGCUACACGUCAGACAGCGAGCUCUACGGGGGUCAGCAGCGACACGCCAGCCUGCCCGGUCAGCUGCUGCCUCAGAUGCGGCCCGUGGAGGAGCUGGAGCUCAAGCCUGUGCCGGACAACGGGAGCUGGUUGAUGGUGAACAAAGAAGAGCACCCGGCCAGGAUGCCCAUCAACCAGUACAGCAUCGACCUCAACGAGAACACGCUGUUCCCCGACAGCCGCGCCCUGCUCAAGUCCUCGGAGACCUUGACCUUCCUGGUCCGCGAUGCGGCGCAUGUCACGCCGCACAACUUUGAGAGCUGCGUCCACUGCAUCAGGACCUUUGUGGAGGCGGGGGUCAACGGAGGCCGAGUGCGCUCGACCCCCCCACGCAGCCACUCCAUGCGGGACUCCAAGCUGUCCCGGAGGAAGAGCAAAAAGGACAGGUCGGGCUCCAAGAUGAGCAAAUCGUCGUCCACGCCUGAGCAGCUCGCAGACGGCCAGCUCUCGGACGAGGACGGAGAAGAGGCCACGCAGAGCAGUUUGCAGCUUUUGUCUAUACAACUCCUUGAUCUGAUGCACACACUGCACACAAGAGCUGCGUCUAUAUUCAGUUCGUGGGCAAAAGAAGAGCAGGAGCCACAUGAGGCAGACGCUAACAAGUCGGCCGUGAGUGGAAACGUGGCGGUGAGCAUCCCUGUGCCCAGUCUGGCGGUCGGCUCAGGCCCUCGGCUGGGCUCUGGGACUAGCACGCUGUGGGGCAAGUGUUGGUGCCCUUUGCUGCAAGGCAUUGCGCGGCUGUGUUGUGACGCGCGGCGACAGGUGCGGAGCCAGGCCUUGACCUACCUACAGAGGGCGCUCCUCGUCCACGACCUGCAGACCCUGAGUGCUGUGGAGUGGGAGUCUUGCUUCAACAAGGUUUUGUUCCCUCUGCUGACCAAACUGUUGGAGAACAUCAACGUGUCGGACCCUGUGGGGAUGGAGGAGACCAGAAUGAGGGCGUCCACCUUGCUGUGUAAGGUGUUCCUUCAACAUCUGAGCCCGCUGCUGUCACUGACCACCUUCACCGCCCUGUGGCUGACCAUCCUAGACUUCAUGGAGAAGUACAUGUGUGCAGACAGAAGUGAUCUCCUGUCUGAAGCCAUCCCCGAGAGCCUGAAGAACAUGCUUCUGGUGAUGGACACGGCCGGCAUCUUCCAGACAGCCGACGGCACCGAGUCGCAGCUGUGGCGACUCACCUGGGACAAGAUUGACACCUUCCUGCCCAAACUGAGGCUGGAGCUCUUCAAACCUUUUGAGCCAGAACCAAAGCCCGACAAGAUAGAGAGAAACGAUGUGAAUGCGGAAGCGAGGGACGCGAACCCACAAGUCGCGUCUGCAAAUCCAGCCUCGCAGCAGUCAGCAGUUACCACAACAGGCCAGCAGGUGGCGCCGCCACCGCCACAACCACACUCACAAGCCCCUCCCCCACCACAACAACAACAACAGCAACAACAACAACAAUAUCAGCAACAACAACAGCAGCAACAACAGCAUCAGCAGCAGCAGCAACAACUCCCCCCAUCCCCCCAGCAUGUGCUGGAGCAGCAGCGAGUGUCCCCGUCACAAGGGCAGACAACUCACGUGGCCGUCGCCGAUGACGACGUGCCCCUGGAAGGCAUCACUGUCGUCAGUCAUGAAGAGCGUCCCGGCAGCCCGUUGAUGAAUCAGCCCGCGUCGGCCGCCACAGCCGCCUACAUCCUCCAUCCACCUCUACCUCACAUUCCAUCCACCUCUGGGGCAGCUGAGUAAUGUUGUGACUUCUCCUCCUCGGUGUCCUCACGGAUGGAAAGAAGAAGGUAGGAAGGAGGAGGCUGGGACACAAGAUGUCACGGAAGGGAAGAAGGAAGGAAGGAAGAUGAAAGGAAGAGGCUGAGACACAAGAUUGAUGGUCGCUGAUGUGGAUCAAGAUGCAGCCACUGCUCCAAUACCUACCCCCCCCCAACAAUGUGUUGCAUAUAAAAUGUAGCAUCGUCAAACCUUUUUCCAGCAAGCAAGACGUAUGUUUUGCGGCACCGUUAUUGUAUAAACUUUGAUCUUUGUGUGGACUUACAAAAAACUUUACUGACAAAUCCGAUAUGAGAUUGAAGAGUUUAUUUGACUCCAGAAAUUUGAUUUUUUGACUGGAAAAGGUGUUACGUUACACUAAGCAGUUUUGUUUGUGGCUUCUUGUUGUUCCCAACUAAUGGCUUUGUGUACCUUACAGGCAUAUUAGUUGUCUGUUGGUCUUCAGUAAUGAGGUAACGGUCUGUUAUAAUCGGAGAAUCGUGGUCUGUCGUUGUGGCGUUUCAGCUGCUCGCCGUUGCAAGUCCUGUUUUCUGUCCCGGCAAAUUUGGCCGACUCUAUGACAAAGUUUUCAGUAAUCUGAGCUCUGAGGUGUGUUCUUCUCACAAACCGGUUUUUCGUUGUUGUGAUACAAUUGUAUUUUUGGAUAGCGCAGUCUGAAAGAAAGGAUCUUCCUUAACUUGAUCGGUUUUGGGGUUGUUUUUUUUUAGUGUGCUCUUCAAAGAUGGGUCAUGGGAAUGAACAGCACCUUGCUUGACCGGUCAAAUCAGUCACUUUAUCAUCUCAGUCUCUCAGCAGGAAGUUUGACAUUUCUUUUUGUAUUGCCAUCGUUCUCAUUAUAAUCCGAUCUCCUAGCCAUUGCGGACUUCCAGCUUGAGCCAGUUGAACUGAGGAGAUGAAAACUGAAUAUCUGUGGUAGUUGGUCAGACAUGUUGGUCUAUGUUUUCUGUGCUGGUGUGGCAUUUACCACAUUCUAUGAAAUAAUGUUUGCAUUGGUCAAGUGAAGCUUCCAUUCCUGUCACUUUGUGGAGUUUCUAUCUUAAUCAGAUGCCGCGACUGGAAGGGAUGUGAGAAUUCUUUUCUUUUUUUUCUUUUUCUUUUUGACAACCUCCAAAAUGUUGAUACCGCUCAAAUACUUCCCUUCCCUGUUUCUGGAGGGUCUUUCUUCUCCUCCUGAACAAUUACUGACGUUUUUUGUCACAGCUGAGGACGAUAAGUAAGCAGUUGUGCUCUGAGCCUCGUCCUGGUCUGUUGUAGUCCUCUUUAUAGAUGGGGGAGGGGGGGGACUUACAACAGAUUCCGUGUGGGUUUUUUUUUUCGUGGGAUUGUGCAAGGCAAGGUUGUAGAAGGCAUGUAGUUCUAGUGCCCCUUCAGUACAAGGUUUUUUAAAAAAAUAGUUGUUUGGUUUUUUUUCCCCAUUUUAGUAGGAGACAUUGAGAAUGGAGCACUUUGCUUUUCUUCAGUGUGACGACCACGCAUGUGCUGCCAGAUGAUCACUGUCUAUGGAAUUUUCAUCCAAUCAUGCGCUCGUGAGUUUUGGCAUUUUGUACCGGUCAGUACUUUUACUGUUGAAGGAGUUAACUUGUGGAUGGUAGCGUAGAUGUCUCGAGGGAUGAUUUGGUUGUUUACUGGGCAUUUGUUCUUGUGUGUGUCUGUUGUACAUAUGGCUGUCUUGGAGUUUUUGGUUGUUGUUGUUGUUGUUGUUGUUGUUGUUGUUGUUUUUCCUAUUUAUUAUUUAUAAGUGCUUCCUGCAGAUCUUGUCCGUUGGUCACGACUGAAUUGUGUCGUAUUUGAACUGUUGUCUAUGACUUUAUCGUUUAAGAUGGCGGGGGGGGGGGGAGCGGAUGGGUUGUAGUUAUUUAAGGUGAAGGUCAAGCAUUUUUCAGAUUAUAUACGGCAGGUGAAUCUGUGUUUAUUUUGCGUGACGAUUAACUUAAUGCCACGUUCUUGCACACUUGCAUAGUAUCGGUGUUAUAUAUAAGUUACAGUCGGGCACACACAUAGUGAACAGGCACAUAGUGAACUGGCUCAUAGUGAACUGGCUCAUAGUGAACUGGCUCAUGGUGAACAGGCACAUAGUGAAGUGACACGUAGCAAACUGAUUGUCGCCUCAGGGAUUGUGUUGUUCAAAGUGCACUCGACAGAUGAGGAGUCCACUGAAAAAAACGGGCAUAGUCACUAACUGAAAAUAGUGAGGGCAUCAAUUGUCAACGCUUGUUGACUCAUAACUGUAUUUCUGUUCAGCUGUUGCUUGAUUAUUGUUGUUAGAUUUCCCAUCCAACAAAUAUAUAAAAUAAACCAUCCAACAAA